GAAGCCUCGAGAGCCAUCAGUUCCUACCAGACUUCUGCUGGGCACACGGUCCUACCCCAUGGCUGGACACGGGCCCUCAAAUAUCUACCCUCUUCCAGGCAGUAGUGGGGGUGCCCGCGGAGGGCCAGUGCCCGUGAGAGUUGACACUGCAGCCUGGUUGAGCACCCAAGCUGCCCCUGGCAGGCUGAUGGUCCACUCGGGUGUCAGCCCGGGGGUGUGCCCUGGCCCGGAGGUGUGGGGGUUAGCCCCGGGUCCCCAGCCGUAUGAAUUCUGGGGCGGGAAGGUGCCCUGCGGGCCCCGGUUCAGAGCUGGCGAGGCAGGGGCCUGGUUGCAGAGCCUCUCCGAGGGCUCCAUGCCUGGGCCCUACAUUGCCCUGCGGUGCAUCCCCAAGUUGGCACCGCCAGAGGACGUCUCAGCCGUAGAGAAGGAGAUGGAGCAGCUGGCCAAGGAAGUGAGGCAGAAGAGGAUGACCCUGGGGUACUCACAGGCCGAUGUGGGGUUCGCCGUGGGAGCUCUGUUUGGGAAGAUGCUCAGCCAGACGACCAUCUGCCGCUUCGAAGCCCAGCAGCUCAGCCUGGCCAACAUGUGGAAGCUGCGGCCGCUACUGAAGAUGUGGCUGGAGGAAGUGGAGAACCUUCUGGGCAUAUGCAAAAUGGACGUCAUCCUGCAGCAGGCUCGGAAGCGAAGGCGGCUGAGCAGGGAGAGACGCAUCGGAAACAACCUGGAGAAGCUCUUCCUGCAGUGCCCGAGGCCCACGCCCCAGCAAAUCAGCCGCAUCGCUGAGUCCCUCCAGGUGCAGAAGGACCUGGUCCGAGUUUGGUUCUGUAACCGGAACAGGAUGGCCGAUCUGUUCAGCAAUGAUGCCUCCCCACGGGAGGAUGUGGGGGCAGCCGGGCCUCCUUUCCCAGGGCCACCGGUGUGCUUUCCCCUGGCUCCCGGGCUCCAUUUCGAUUUCCCCCACUGUGGAGGGCCCUGCUUUACCCCACUGUGCUCUGCCCCUUUCCCUGUGGGCAGAGCCCUGCUCUCUGCUCCAGCUGCCGCGCUCGGCCUCCCCAGACUUUCAAACUGAGGGGCCUGCCCUGCUGGGAAGGGUCAGAGUCAGGAGACAAGGGAAAGCUGGGGAACUGUGACUGGGGUUCAUUUCGGGGCUUUUAGCCCGUUCACAGUCUAAAGAAGUUAAAAAUACAAAGUAGGGGGUGGGAGUGAGAGUUGUUGAAAGAAAUUGGGGAGGGAAGUUGAAGUUUAUGGCCGUUUCUGUGUUUUUCCCUAGCAUUGUUUUUAAGAUUCAUUA